UCUGAAUACAUGACUAUAUUUGUUGUCUAUGCAACAUUAUAAUUGCUUAUUAAUAACUGAUAAAUAACUUAAGAGCAGAAAGGUCAACUAUUAUGUCAUCCGAGUGAUGAAAAAUAUGUCACCACAUGUGUUAACUAGAUUAGAUACUUUAUAAUUUAGAUCAGUUGCAAUUAAGAUUACCAUGGUAGCAAUACAUAGAUUUAUAAUCACUUUUUCCGUUCUUCUGCUUCUGUCUUACAUUUUAUGUGAGUCUCCUGAAGAAGCAAAAAAGAAAAGAGCGCUUCUUAUUAAGAAACACUUGAAACGUCUUAAAAAGGUGAACGGUGCAAUCAAAUUAGUGGGAGGAAGGGGAGAAUUUGAAGGAAAUGUAGAAAUUCUACACGAAGGAUCAUGGGGUGCAAUUUGUGACGACGAAUGGGACAUAAAUGAAGCAAAAAUUAUUUGUAAACAAUUGGAAUAUCCUCCUAGUGAUGUACAGCCUACAGCGAACUCAUAUUUUGGACCAGCUAGACGCCGUUACUGGAUGGAUAAUGUGUACUGUGAUGGAACAGAAGAAGAAAUAUCUUUAUGCAGAUUUGAUGGUUGGGGACAAAAUGAUUGCACUUCAACCGAAGCUGCUGGAGUUAUUUGUGCAGAGCCUGAGGAAUCUCAGGAACAAAAAGAUAUUGAUCAUAAAAUAUCAAUGAUGAAACUUCCAGCAAACUUGAAAAUCCGUUUAAGAGGUGGAAGAAUAGCAACAGAAGGAAGAGUGGAAAUUCAGAAUAAUGGAGGAAAAUGGGAAGUAAUUUGUGGUGAUGGAUGGUCUCUUUUGGAAGCUUUGGUUGUAUGCAAGUCUCUUUCAUUAGGAUAUGCUAGUGAUGCAAUGCAAACAGACUUCUUUGGUGGAAAUUUGACUGAUAAAAGUUUGGGAGGCAUUAAAUGUUUUGGUAAUGAAACAUCUCUCAGUCACUGUCUUUAUAACGAACAUGUGACUGGUAAAUGCACAAGCCAAGAUGUUGCUGCUCUUUCUUGUACACAGACCAUGUCAGAUUUAGUUAUAGAUCACAUAGAUCUAAUGAGAACGGCCCAUUUGGAAGAUAAACAGAUGUUCUUUCUUCAGUGUGCCAUGGAGGAGAAUUGUGUAGCAUCCACUGCUUAUGAGAUACAGAAAGAGAAUGAUGCCUGGCAUUUGGAAACGAGAAGAUUGCUUAGAUUCACAGCUAGAAUUUUUAAUGCUGGGAAUGCUGAUUUCCGUCCUGCUAUUCCAAAACAUCUCUGGGAAUGGCACAUGUGUCACAUGCACUACCACAGUAUGGAAGUGUUUGCUACUUUUGAUAUAUACAACAAUAAAGGAGAGCGAGUAGCUGAAGGACACAAAGCAUCUUUUUGCUUGGAGGAUAAUCAGUGUUUACCAGGAGUUCAACCAAAAUAUGCUUGUGCAAAUUACGGGGACCAAGGAAUAUCCGUGAAUUGUUCAGAUAUAUACAAAUACACUGUUGAUUGCCAAUGGGUGGACAUUUCGGAUUUGGAUCCUGGAAAAUAUAGUUUAAAGGUUGCAGUAAAUCCUGAAUUCAAAGUUCCUGAAAUGUCGUUUGAAAAUAAUGCUGCUGUUUGCGAUUUUUAUUAUUCUGAAACAUAUGGCAGUGUUACGAAUUGUACUGUACAAAGGCCAUGAAUUUAUACAUUAUUUUGUGAAAUAAUUAAUUGUAUUAUGUCGAAUUAGUAUUAUUUUUAGAAAUGUUUAGCUGUUCAUAACCUAUAUAACUAAAUAAUU